CGGUUGUGUCUCAUCGACUUCCUCUGAAAACAACACCACGUGUGUGCAGGGAAUGAAUGGUUUCUGACAGCCUUUCCACAUCCACAUUCAAAGACGUUAAGAGCAAAACCUACCGUUUACUGAGCAACGGUUGUGUUCGUUUAAAACUGCAGAGACCGUGGGUUCUGAAGAAGGUACGGUUCUCACCAUGAGUUUUGUGGAGUACUCGGAUUGCAUUCAGGAUGGGGACGUCGCCAUCGUGUACCUGGGCCAUGAAUCCAUGACGCCAGUGAAGGUGAAACGGGGCGCCCAAACACAGACGCGUUAUGGGGUCAUUCGCCACUCCACAGACCUGAUCGGUCAGCGGUACGGGUCAAAGGUCACCUGCAGCAAAGGUGGCUGGGUGUACGUGCUUCACCCCACACCUGAGCUGUGGACCGUCAACCUGCCGCACCGCACACAGAUUCUCUACACCACCGACAUCGCCACCAUCACCAUGAUGCUGGAGCUGAAGCCAGGGAGUGUGGUCUGCGAGUCAGGGACGGGCAGCGGCUCCCUCUCCCACGCCAUCCUGAGAACCAUCGCCCCCACAGGACACCUGCACACCGUGGAGUUCCACCAGCAGCGAUCGGAGAAGGUGUUGGAGGAGUUCAAGGAGCACCGUGUGGAUCACAUGGUCACCGUCAGGAACCAGGACGCGUGCAAAGACGGGUUCGGAGUGACGGGGGUGGCGGACGCCGUCUUCCUGGACAUCCCCAGCCCCUGGGAGGCCGUGAGACACGCCAAGGCUGCGUUGAAGAAACACGUGCUUGAGUAA